AUGGAGGGGGAAUUCCCCGGCGGCGCGGCGCCGGCGGAGGGGGAGGAGAGCGGCGCCGUGUCGCCCGAUUGUUCCCGAGAGGUCCACAUAGCCUCCCUUUUCGAAGGUGAGGCCUCCAUGACCGCCCGCAUUGAGCCGCUCGACCUCGAGUCGCGCGCAGCAGGCGCUCAGGUUUCUUCUUCUCCUAGUGCCGACCAUCCGGAACAUGAAAGCUGGCGGCGCCGCGGCGGGGCGGCGUGGUGGCGGGCGCAUUGGGCGCAGCUCAACGUCGAGCAGUGGCUCGGCGUCGUCGAGCCGUGCUGCCUCUGCGGGCGGCCCGGGAUGGCGGGCCAGUACGCAGGCCGCUGCGCGGCGCCCUAUCUCGCCACCACUGACGAUCGGUGGGAGGUGCCUGGCCUGCGCCAGGCAUACGUCGCGCAUGGCAUGUGCGGCGGGCUCUGCCGAGGAUGGGGCUGCUGCGAGGCGCGGGGCGUGGCGCAGCCGCAGGAUGGGAGCGGCGAGGCGCGAGGCGAGGGCGAGGGCGAGGGCGAGCUAAGCUCGGAUGGCGACUCGGACCGGUCUGCGGGAGACCCUGUGUGGGGCUCGGCGGCGCUGGAGGACGAGUGGCGCGCCGCGUCUCUCGCGAGGCAGGCGGUAGGCGACGCGGCGUACGCCGCGGCGCAUGCUGCUGGCGCUUCGCGGGCUGAGGCGUGCGACGCCGCCGUGAGGGCGGUGAGGUUGGACGAGGUCGAGGCUCAGUCCUCGUUCCUCGUGCGCGCUGGGUGGUACGGCUCCGGCCGUGAUGGGGGCGGGGAGGGGGAGGGGGCGACGGCCGCACGGAAUCGCCGCCGGCGGGGGGCGAGGGCGCGGGCGAAGGAGGAGGAGCCAGAGCCCGGGGAGGAUUGGGAGGGGGAGGAGCGGCCGGAGGAGUACGCCGGCCUCUUUGACGACCCGUAA